UCCUCUCCCCCAUCCACCUCCUCUUCCUCUUAUUUCUCACUGCAUCUCCUCUGCCACCUGCCACAGCAGCGACGCAGCGAUGGAGAGCUGCUGCAAAUUAUAGUAACCCAGUCCAGACAUUCGAGAGAGACAGAGAAACACAUUGCGGAAAAGAGAGCUAGAGAAGGGGAGAGAGAGGCGUAGAGAAAGAGAGAGAGAGUGAUAAGCGAAAACACAGAAACAUAUGGUUUGUCUGAAGAGCGUCUGUUUCUGAGGACCGCUGAACCGGGCUGAAACUUAUUCAACCACCGCGAUUAACAACUACGAGGCACGUUUGAUUCGUCUUUUUCCACACACUUCUUCGCUUCGUUUUCGCGUGCUCUCACCUGUGUUUACACCUCUGUUUGAUUAGGCUACUUUGUACGGGGUGGGUUGCGGUUGUUGGACCUCCCCGAACGCGCGCGCACACAUACACACGCGUACACAAGAGAUCAUCACAAGACGCGGUGCAGCCCUCAGAAGCUUCUUGCUAGGAGGAAAUUGAAUUAGACAAGUUAUUCGCACUGAAGAGGAGGACAAGAGGGGCUGGCUCUCGGCUUUCCUUUGCCCCCCCCAAUCCAACCCAAACCGCCCGGCUCACCGUGUCUCCUCCGGGCCCACCAGGAGUCUCUCAAAUCCCCCUUCCCCCUCCACUCUCUCUCUCUCUCCUCCUCCCUCCUUCUCCUGUAUCAAACCAUGUCUGGACAGACUGUGACCAUCCCGGACGACCGGGCUUUCGCCAGCUUCAAGGCCGAGUGUCUUUGCGAGGAGGGCUGGAAUAUGUCCUACAACAAGUUGGGUAUCACGGUGUGGAGCCAGUCUCUGGAGGCAGGGAAGUCCGUCCACAAAAUCAAGUGUCGGAUGGUGUGUAAGGACGUGUCAGCUGAGACUAUGUACGACGUUCUCCAUGACAUUGAAUACAGGAGGAAAUGGGACACAAACGUCAUCGAGACUUUUGAUAUCGGGAAACUCACGGUCAACGCGGAUGUUGGUUACUACUCAUGGAAGUGUCCAAAACCUCUUCGGAACCGUGAUGUCAUCACGCUUCGCUCCUGGCUGCCAAUAGGGAAAGAUUACAUCAUCAUGAACUACUCCGUUAAACAUGCCAAAUACCCUCCUAAAAAGGAAAUGGUGCGAGCUGUGUCAAUUAUGACUGGCUACAUGAUCCAGAGCCAGGGGCCCAAUAACUGUACCCUCACGUACAUGGCCCAGGUAGAUCCACGAGGUUCAUUACCCAAGUGGGUUGUCAACAAGUCUUCCCACUAUCUUGCUCCUCGUGCAAUGAAGAAGAUUAACAAGGCCUGUUUGAAAUAUUCAGAGUGGAAGCAGAGACACAACCCUGGCUUCAAACCCUGGCUCUACCCCGAACAGACUACAUUGCCCAGCAUCCCGCUCUCUGAGCUCAGCAUCCAGCGAGCUGAGAGCCUGGAGAAUAUUGAUGAGAGCUCUCUGGCUGAGGCCCAGGAGAGAGAAGACAGCGACUAACACAUACACACACAAACACACAAACACACACACACACACACACACACACACACACACACACACACACAAACACACAAAAUCAAACAGUAAUGCAGGGAUACAUGCAUGCCUGAUAGAUGUAGAUGUGAUCCUGUACGUGUGUGUGUAUAUAUACGCAUUCACAUACAGUCUUGAUUCCAUGCUGUACAUGCAUUUGCAUAUGCAGACAUACUAACAGGCACAUGUAUGUAAGCAUUCAUGCACACAGACCAACUCAUACUUCACCAACUUGAUCCCAUACUUGCAUACAUAAUGUAUGAUCACGCACAUAUACGAACAUGUAUCAUAGAUGCACUCACAGAUACACACCCACCCACUCACAAGGGGCUGCAAGACUACUUAUUUUUUUUCCAGUAAACUAAUAUGUAACAUAUUCAAAUCAAGUGGUUGUAAAUGUGAUUUUUCAUACCUGUUCAAGAGAUAUCCGUUUUCUAAUCGGGACCUAUGCAGAUUAUCAUAGCAAAGUAUUUUUCCAUUAAGAUUUACUGUUCAAAUAUCCUUAUCCUGUUGUCAUUGGAUUUCAAAAUUAUACUUUCCUCCUAGGAAGACACUGGUGCAACCCCUAAAGGUCAUGUGUACAGUAAGAACAUACCUGUGCAGACAUACAGACACACACCAUUCAUAAAUACUACAUUUAUGCACUCAGACAUGUAUACACACUAGGUUUGUAUCUUUCAGCCCAUGUUGUCCCUCUGUCACUCAUUAUGUGUCUCUGUCAUGUUUUGUAAGCACAUAAUAAAUAUGCAGGUGUGCAGAAGGCAGCUGGAACCCCUAACCCAACCUGCAACCCCCUCUCUCUCUCACACACACACAAAAACACACAUACAGAUUUUACACUCACUCGUACUGUCUGCUCCUCUGUUUGAGAGUUGUAUGAAUGUAUGUAGAGUUUAAAAAUUAAAUACAGAUUCCUACAAAGGUUUUCAAAUUUCA